AUGAACAAUCCCAAGAUUCCCGUAAUAAACGUCGUGGCAUGCUUGAUGCCAUCUUAUGGUAUCGGCUAUCAAGGUAAAUUACCUUGGCGCCUCAAACAAGAAAUGGCUUAUUUCAAACAAUUGACCACCAAUACAAGAGAUCCCACCAAACAAAAUGCAGUAGUAAUGGGCAGACGUACUUGGGAAUCUAUCCCAUCACGGUUCCGCCCACUUCCAUCCCGUCUUAAUGUUGUUGUGUCACGUGGUUUCGACACCUGGGCCACACGUCACGUGGACGAAUCGAACCCUCUAAGCACUUAUAUUGGGGCACCGGACUUACGUAGUGCUAUCACCACAUUACAACAAAGGGCUCAAGAACUACGAAUUGAACGUAUAUAUGUAAUGGGUGGUGCCCAAAUCUAUCAAGCUAUAGCAGAAUCAGGAUUAUUAGACCAUUGGCUUUUAACCGCUGUAUAUCCCCUAGAUGGCACUCCAGAACCACCAAUGGAUACAUGGCUCACUGCUCCAUCACCUGACCAUUAUAUAUUACAAACAAAUGAACAACAAGUACGUGAUUUCUUGCCGCCCAGCUUAGACCUUCUUAAACCCAACCCUAGCUCUGCCGAUAACCCUAUCACCAAACCUAAGAACAACCCUAACUGUGGGGUCUUUUUCGUACAUUCUGAAAAGGGUUACGCGUUCGGCAUCACACUAUACGACCGUCGUAGAAAUUAA